GAGUCCACAGGAAGGAGGAAGCCAGGCGCCUAGCGGAUAGAAUUAAAAAAAAUAAAAAUAAAAACUCGUGGCAAAAUUACUGCCGCUCGCAACAUAUUACUAAAUUUAGUAUUAUUAAAUUAAAAUAUCGGUGAAGGAGCAAUUAGUUUAGCAGAGCAAAAUAUAGACAUAUAAAACUAUGUGGGUUAUAUGAGUAUAUUUAAUUUGGCAAAUCUGACUGACUUCCUGUGCAAGAAAUGUGGAAAUUGAUUCCUUUGGCCGCUGAUGGAGGCGAGCCCUAUUAUUUAAAAGUGGGGGUGGACUAUGUGGUUGGCCGUAAAAAUUGUCCAAUCCUACUUCAGAGUGACCAGUCCAUUAGUCGAGUGCAUGCUCAUCUGACAGUUAACACCCCUGCUGCUGUCCAGGUUAUUGUCGGCCCUGGAGACAGGUAAACCUUUGGAGUCUUCCAUAGCAAAUUUCGAGUAGAAUACGAGUCUCUGAUUGUCUGUUCGUCCUGCCUGGAUGGUCAGGGGAAGAUCACACUCAACCAAUCAGUCCAGCAGCUUGGGGGUUGUGUUGUUAACAACUGGACACAGGACUGUACUCACUUAGUCAUGCCAUCAAUGAAAGUUACAAUUAAGUCCAUCUGUGCCUUGAUUUGCUGCCGGCCAAUUGUGAAGCCUGAAUAUUUUACUGAACUCCUAAAAGCUGUGCAGUUAAGACAGCGCUCACCAAAGACUGAUGGUUUUCACCCUCCAGUUGAUGAGCCCAGUAUAAGUUCAGGAGACCUAGAUCUAAAUGCAAGGCCAGUCCGUAGAACUGUGUUUAGAGGGAAGACCUUCUUUUUCUUAAAUGCCAAACAGCACAAAAGACUGAGUUCAGCAGUGGUUCUGGGGGGAGGAGAGGCCAAACUUCUUGAUGAGGGCAUUUUGAAUACAUCUUUACUGGAGUCAGCAGGAAGCUGUGUUAUUGAUGUGGGAAUGGCAAACUCUCAGAUGCUUGUCUCUACGUCAUUAAAGAAGUGGAUUGAUUCUGUAACACAGAUUGUACAGAGAAAAGGUCUAAGGCUCAUAUCGGAAGCAGAAAUUGGGCUAGCGGUCAUUUACAUGUCAACAGAUACAUACUGCAAUCCACUCUGUCAAACGGAUACAGAAACAUCCAAAACAGCCAUUCCUGGUGCAACACUUUCCCAGAGCAUAGCAGUAGAUGAAACUAUAAUGCCUGCAGCGAUGUUAAACAUCACAGCUUAUGCACCAUGUACAGAAGUGUUGCACAUGGUCCAAAUGGAAACCAUUGGUGUUAGGCAAGUAAAUGAAACGCCAGAAAAAGACUUAAGAGGCCGCGGACAAUCCCGGGUGAAGGAGACAUUUACUGGCACGUGCAUAGUGGCAGAGACAGCAGCAACAUUGUUCAGCACUGUGGACGAGAGAGAGAAGACAAGACCUUCAACUAAACUGGGCAAUAAGAAUAAGUCAUCUCCAAGCAACACCACUGUGACCAGCGGAAAUAAAAAAUCUCCUUCACAGCAACAGUCAAAUUCCCUGGCAAAUUACUUUCAGCCACUGAGUAAAAAAAGGGAAAGAGAAGAAAAUGAAACAGUUGACUUGUGUCAGGCCAAACAAGCAAGAACAGACGAAAACCAAAACAAAGUACCAACAUGCCCAAUGCCUCAAAAAAGCCAGACCAGGCCAACAGCUGAGAAAAGACAGUCGCAGAUCCAGUUUCCUGUGGAAACCUCUCUAACAAAAAGCAUCACAGUGGGAGAACACUCUGGGAUGGUCAGUACCAGAAAGACAGAGCUGACCCGUGGCUCUGGGGAUUCCAGCCCGAGGGCAGCACCCAGGAAGAGAAAGGACUUGGAUGAGUUGUUUGCCGAGACAGUAGCAGGGAUUGAGGACCUUGAAGACAUCAUGUCUCAGCCCAUGGAGCAGGACCAGGAAGAACCACAGAACGUCAGCAAGAAGAAACGGAUAGAACCUGCUGCUGAAGCAGUGCAAGAUGUAACUGAUUUUAUGAGAGAAACCGCUGUUCAAAUACGACAAAAGGAAUUUGAAGCCAAAGAGAAAAUCCCAUUGUCUCAAAAGAAAGAGAGUCAUCCUUCAGGAUUACUCCUUAAAAGUGAUGACAAAGAUGACAUCCCACGCAACCUCAUAGUGACAGAGUUCAAGUCCUUGGUUGUUAGCGUUCCUGCGCGGCCAGCUGCAAGGUCAUACCAAGCAAAUGUAAAGAACUUUAAAAAGUUCAGAAAGAUCCCUUUUCCUGGAGCAGCGGGUCUCCCCAACAUCAUUGGAGGCUCAGACUUGGUGGCACACCAGGCAAAAAAGAACUCUGAACUGGAAGAGUGGCUGAGGCAGGAAGCUGAGGAGCAGAGCCAGUGUGCUAGAGAGGAGUCCAUUGCAGAUGAUUUGUUCAGGUACAACCCCAAAUCAACAAAACGAAGAACAUAAAGACAAAAUGGACCAGCACUUCCAUAAAAGAUAUAUAUAUAUAUAUAUUUUUUUUUUUUUUUUAAUGGAAAAUAAUGAAUGUACUGUCACAAUUGUAUACACACAAGGGCUGAAAAAAAGUGUUACACAUUAUUGUCUUCAUUUUCCAGCUAGAUAAGCCCCAGCAUGUGUUAAUAUAUCCCCAUCAGACUUUAUCCUAGCCUUGUAUGUAGAUGAUAGUCAUAAUGGGCAAAACAGACACACUUGACUGACAGGAGGUGUUUGUUUUGGUAGAUGCCUCUGUACCUCAGAGAGUAGACUUUUCUGCAUAGUUCGAUACCAGCUUCCUUGAGUAAUUAUUGAGUAAUAGUUAGUAUCACACCAGAAAAGUGUAAACCUUUUGACAAAAAAGUGCUCUCCUAGACAAUGCUGGCAGGUGUUUCAAACACUAAAAUCAAAUAUACACAAAGUUGUAAUUGAAAAAUGCGUUCAUGUUGCAUGUAGAGAUUGCGAUAAAAGGCUUUUAGCUAGACUGGUCCCGCGAUGACCACAAUGUGGGUCUAAUUAAUUGUGUACAAGAAGUAUGUUAGAAUUGACUUUUUUGUUUAAGAUUUUAUUUGUUCAUCAUAACAAUUAAAAACAUAUAUACAAAACAAAUAUUUGCUGCUUCUUUUAGCGUGUUGUAGUAACAUUAAAAAUGAAAAAUGUAUGACAGUUUCAUUUUUGUCAAAAAGACUUUUUGCAUUAAAAAAAUAACUUGUUACAAAGCAAUCUUGGUAAACUCUUAGCUUCUUAAAUUAUUUUACAUGCUUCCUAAAAUGAGAAUUAAGCUUUUCACUAAUAAACUGAAUUUAUGCAAA